AGGAGAAAAAAGGGGAAGCGCCUGGGCCUUGGCCGCCAGCGGGCGGGGCCUCCAGUGCCUAACAGCUAGUUUGGUCUUUCUGCGGCUCUCGCGCACUGCGCUCGGGCAGCCGUAGCCGCAGCCGCAGUCGGAGCCGGAGCCUUCAGCCUCAGCUUCAGCCUCAGCCUCCGACUCCUGGGCGAUGUCAGUUGUUUCACGCUUCCUCUAACCCUCUGCACUAGGAGGAGGAGGUGGAGAAAGAAAUACAAGAGGAAAGGACUACGUUACAAGAGACUUUAUUGCCUUAGGAAGAGAGGUGCAUGGUAUUUGCUGCUCAGCUUCAAAACCAGGCAAUUGGUGGCUCUUCUCUGGCCCCAGUGACCAACUGGGAAAGGAAGGAAAAAGAACUGGAGACGCGCGCCCCCCCCCCCCCCCCCCACUCCCUCCAUACACGCACGCACGCACACACACACAGUUUUAAGAGAGUUUGCACAGAGAGCUGAAAAGCUUCAGCCCUUCACUCCCAGUUCCAGCCCCAGCUGUUCUGAGGCUCCGGUCGGCGUUGCUAUCCGCCUUCUCACCUCUUCUCGACUUCCUCCAGUCCCGGCCAGCCUGCAGCUCGUCAGCUUCUCCUCUCUCUACUUCCUCUUAUCAGUCCAGCUGCUUCUCAGUCCAAGAGGAGCCACCACCGCAGCAGCAGCAGCAGCAACAACAACAGCAACAUCCCCGGAACUAACAGACUGUGGCGCAACUGGUCUGGGGAGCGCAGGCCCUGAGAUCCUACCCCAAGGAACUAGAAAGGGAAAACGUAAAUAAGUGCACUAAUGAUUAGGCUACCUGCUACUAGGAGCUCCAGAUGACUUGACAUAAACUCCUCAAAGAUGUCUGCCACUGAAAAUGGAGAUGUGAUAUCAGGAAAACAAAAUGAGGAAAAAACCUAUAAGAAGACCACAUCAUCUGCUAUUAAGGGUGCUAUUCAGCUGGGAAUAGGAUACACAGUGGGUAACCUCACUUCCAAACCAGACAGAGAUGUCCUUAUGCAAGACUUUUAUGUAGUGGAAAGUGUGUUUCUACCUAGUGAAGGGAGCAAUCUGACCCCAGCUCAUCACUACCCAGACUUCAGAUUUAAGACAUAUGCUCCAGUAGCAUUUCGGUAUUUCAGAGAACUUUUUGGUAUCAAGCCUGAUGAUUACUUGUAUUCCAUCUGCAGUGAGCCUUUAAUCGAAUUAUCCAACCCUGGGGCCAGUGGAUCCUUGUUUUUUGUAACUAGUGGUGAUGAAUUUAUAAUCAAAACAGUACAACAUAAAGAAGCCGAAUUCCUUCAGAAGUUGCUGCCAGGUUACUACAUGAAUUUAAAUCAGAAUCCUAGGACUCUUCUACCAAAGUUUUAUGGACUCUACUGCGUCCAGUCAGGGGGCAUUAACAUCAGGAUUGUGGUGAUGAACAACAUUUUGCCUCGCUCAAUGAAAAUGCACUUUACAUAUGACUUGAAAGGUUCUACCUACAAGCGACGAGCAUCCAGGAAAGAGAGAGAAAAAUUAAACCCUACAUUCAAGGACUUGGAUUUCUUGCAAGACAUGCAUGAAGGAUUAUAUUUUGAUACAGAAACAUAUAACGCAUUGAUGAAGACACUUCAGCGAGACUGUCGGGUAUUGGAAAGUUUCAAAAUAAUGGACUAUAGUCUUUUGCUGGGAAUCCACAUAUUGGAUCAUUCACUAAAAGAAAAAGAAGGGGAGAGCACACAGAAUGUACCUGAUGCUAAGCGGCCUGGAAUACAAAAAGUCCUCUAUUCAACAGCAAUGGAAUCUAUCCAAGGCCCAGGGAAAUCUGGAGAUUCUGUAAUCACUCAGAGCACUAAUACAAUGGGAGGGAUUCCAGCUAAAAGUCAUAAAGGAGAAAAGCUACUUUUAUUUAUGGGCAUUAUUGAUAUUCUGCAAUCAUAUAGGUUAAUGAAGAAGUUAGAACAUUCCUGGAAAGCACUUGUUUAUGAUGGGGAUACUGUUUCAGUUCACAGACCAAGUUUUUAUGCAGAUAGAUUUUUAAAAUUCAUGGAUUCCAGAGUUUUUAAAAAAAUCCAAGCUUUGAAGUCCUCACCUUCUAAGAGAAGAUGUAAUUCUAUUGCUGCCUUAAAGGCUACAUCACAGGAAAUCAUAUCUUCUGUGAGCCAGGAAUGGAAAGAUGAAAAAUAUGAUUUGCUUACUGAAGGGCAGAGCUAUAGCAGCCUUGAUGAAGAAGCACUGGGAUCCAGACACCGACCAGACCUUGUGCCAAGUACUCCAUCUCUGUUUGAAGCGACUUCCUUAGCAACAACAAUUUCUUCUUCUUCUCUGUAUGUCAAUGAACAAUACCCACACGAUGGGACUACACUUUAUUCAACCAGUAAAGGAUUACCUUCAAGUUCUACUUUCACAUUAGAAGACAGUGCCAUCUAUUUGACUUCUGAGCAGAGCACAUUGGAAACACAGGAUGAUAAUGCCUCUGUAUUGGAUGUCUAUUUAUAAGAGAAAGUGAAAAUCUAUGUAUACAAGUAGAAAUGACCACAGUUUCUGAAAAUCCUGUUCUCCACUCCAGAAUUGUUGGGCACAACUUGGCUCAACCUUGCCACACAAAGAAAUCAACUGAACUUGUCUUUAUCCAUGAAAGAUGUCAAGGGAGCCUUGAACCAUAGAAAUGAUAGCUCUGCUUACUUUGCAGAAAUUAUGUGAAAAAAGCCACAUGUUCCUUUCAUUUGCUGUUGCUUGUUGAACUGUGAAGAACUUGCAUAGACUAUAUUUAAGCUACUUUCUAUACUAUUGGGACUUGGAAGUCAUAUUUUCCUAUUGACUCUUGUAUUUAUUUCAUUUGCAUGUAUUCAGUGAUAAUACACAAGUCAAACAUGUAAUCUGAAUAUUUAUUUAAAAACUCAUCAAUAUGAAAUGAUGAAUAAUAUGUAAAUUCUGCUCCUUUUUUCAAAGUUAUAAUCACGUAAUUCCAUAUUGUUAGAAGUCUAAACUGAUUUCAUACAUGGAUUAGUGUAACCUAUCUGGACCGACUUUAUGGACACUUACUUCUAUCAAAGAUAUUUUCACUGUUGACUAGUGAAAUGAGAGAAAGCUGUUUAUAAGAAGGCCUUAUGUUGUGUACAUAUGUUGUCUUUGAAAUAUUUGAUUCAGUUUAUUGCUUGUUAAAAGAAAAAUAUAUAAUUUAUUUAGUAAAUACUACUGUAAACUAUAGUUUUGUUGACAGAAAUAAAAAUAUUUUGUUCUCAAAAUUG